CCCAACAUGCAGCUGGCCCUUUCAGAGUCUUGGCUCACAAAUGACACAUAUCACUCCCAUCCAAGUACUGACCAGACUUCACCCUGCUUAGCCUCUGAGGUCGACAAGAUCAGGCACUUUCAGUGCUACAGACAGACACAUACCACUUCUAUUCAAGCCCCUGGCCAGAACCAAUCUAGACCCUUACCUCAGCGCAAGGGGCUGGAUACUGUCUGGGACCAGGUGGACGUUUCUGGAGCCCACUUUCUAAGUCACAGUUGUAAACAUCACUGAGCAACAGUAUACUACUGGAACCAUGCUGUGGGUGGUGCCAGUUGGCCUUGCCAGUUUCUUACCUUUCAUUCCCCUCGUAUGUGAAUGUUGGUUGGCUCCAGAGAAGAGAGGGAAAGUCUUCCUUACUAGAAGUUCUGUUCAGCUGAUUCUCUGCCAUUUUUCUUAUUGUUCUUUCUGUUUUUUAGAUGAUAUUCCACUUAGCCAUCCUAAGAAAAAGAAAUCCAGAACGAAAAGCACACUAGCGUCUGCUUCUUCGGAAGGCCUCGCUGAGCCCGUUGUUGACAGGAGCUCUGAGAGCAGUGAGCCGCCAGCCGCCGGGCUCAAGGAGGCCCCAGAGGCUCCUGUCCAGAGGAGGCAGAAGAAGACAAGGCCACCUCCUGAGUUGGAGACUUCCUUCACUCGAAAGCCAUCCAGUCCAUCUUCACUACGAAAUGAAAAUGGCAUUGAUGUGGAGGCGCCUGCGGAGCCAGUGAUUCCAAAACCACGAAGGAAGGCAAAGAAAACCCAGCCAGCCGAACUACAGUAUGCUAAUGAGCUGGGAGUCGAAGAUGAAGACAUAAUUACGGACGAGCAACGCACUCUGGAUCAGCACUCGAGGUUCACAGCGCCCACUGGAAUUAGCCAGCCCGUCGGCAAAGUGUUUGUGGAGAAAAGCCGGAGAUUUCAGGCGGCAGAUCGUUCGGAGUUGAUAAAGACCACAGAAAACAUAGAUGUGUCGAUGGACAUGAAGCCAUCCUGGACCACCCGGGAUGUGGCGCUUUCGGUGCACCGGGCUUUCAGGAUGAUCGGUCUGUUUUCGCAUGGCUUCUUGGCUGGCUGUGCUGUGUGGAACAUUGUCGUGAUCUACGUUCUCGCGGGAGAUCAGCUCUCUGACCUUUCCAACCUUCUGCAGCAGUACAAGCCCUUGGCAUACCCGUUCCAGAGCCUUCUCUACCUGCUCUUGGCUCUGAGUACUGUUUCAGCGUUUGACAGGACGGACUUUGCUAAAACAUCAGUAGCCAUCCGGAACUUUCUGGCCCUGGAGCCAACGGCUUUAGCUUCCUUCCUGUACUUUGCUGCUCUAAUACUGUCUCUGAGUCAGCAAAUGACAAGUGACAGAAUCCACCUUUACACACCCUCUGUGAAUGGAAGCCUCUGGGCAGCGGAAGUCGAGGAACGGAUUCUUGGGCCGUGGAUCCUCGUGAAUUUGGUGGUGGCUCUUCUGGUUGGGUUGUCCUGGCUCUUUCUGUCUUAUAGGCCAGCCAUGGAUCUUAGUGAAGAGCUAAUGUUCUUCUCUGAUGUGGAAGAGUACCCUGAGAAAGGAGUCCAGCCAACUGCAUAGUGCCCACCCUCCACCGCAGUAAAGACCCGCACAGUGCCCACCCUCCACCGCAGUAAAGACCCGCACAGUGCCCACCCUCCACCGCAGUAAAGA